CCCCCAGACACCGAAGCCUUCACUGACAUCACAAACACUGACGAUCCCUCAACUUCAGCAAUGGACAGCUUUAUCUCCUCCUUUCAGAGUGAAUUCGAAGCCACCAACACUCGCACUGCUUCUCGAGGUCCUAGUGCCACUCAAUCUACCACUUCAGGGGACGCAAGUGCCACUGUAGCUGCUACCGGCUCUGCUGCCACCGCCUUUGCCACCUUCACCUCUGCCUCUGGCAAAGGAGCAUCGGGGAGUAUAACUGGCAACCCCUCCAACACCGCCAGCAACGCCGCCAGUAACACCAGCGAAGGCGCCGUCACCGUCAGAGAAAACUCCUGCAACAGCAUCUCAUGCUCCCUGGCCUUGAAGGCCACCAUUGCUGUUCCCAUCGUCGUGGCCGCUAUAGCGGUCGCCCUUCUGUUCUUCUUUUGCGCAAGGAGGAGGAAGGGGAGAGCUGCUAGUGCUGCUGUAUCAAAAAAGAGACCAAAGAAAGCUAGCAAGAAAUGGUCCCGCCAUCUACGCGCCUUCUCCUUCGACGCCGAGUUACUCAUGGGUGGUCGCUUCUCCAGCUCCAACAGCAUUCGGAGUCGAGACCCCAGCGUGCGUAGCGCAGGCGACGAUUCCCGCAACGGUGCUCACAGUGCAGAACCAAGCUUGCGCAGCAUUGAGAAAGUGGCUCCUCCAUACAGAGAUGCGAUUUCAGGUGCUCAGCCUAUGAACCCUAGUCCUCUCCGUCAUGUAAAUCCAGCCAUUGCUGCCGCGGCAGACCCCAUCCCUCGCUCAGUCUCAUCAGCCACCGCACCAUCUCCAUAUCGAACAGUCGCUGGGGAAGCGGAUAAUCCUCCUACUCCCAUCUCCACUCGAAAUCCUUUUGCAGAUUCCGCACCCGUCAGUCCAAUCGACGGCUCUCCUUUCAUCGAACCCCCUGAGGAUGAAGAGGCCGCUGCGGGUGCGAUCCGACCCACGAUGAGUCGUGGAUCUUCCCUCUACCAGAGCGUUAACGCGGACGACGCCUCAGAUGCCGCGAGCAUAUGACAAGCGCAAAUUGGCAGAAGUGUGUCGGCCAGACAGGUCGCUAGUGCAAGUAAUGGCAGCAGCUAA